GACUGAAGACCGGUGUUUUGCGGCCCAUUAUAUGCAGCCCCACUCGCCCCCUCUUCGCGAGGAAAGAGCACGCAUCGGGGACACUCGUAUCGAGAUUGCGCGCUGAGAACGCGGUCGCUUCCUUCUCUGCGAAAACAUUGAGCAUGACAGCCUGGCGAGACUCUUGCGAGCUGCAGAGAAACAUGGACGUAUGUGAAGCUGCGAUUAUCGAAGACCGGGUAGUGAGAUCAUCUGUACCACAUCAGACGUUACCGGACGCAGAUUACGCGACUUACUUGAGGUCUCUCUGGGGCAAAUUCAAAGAUCACACAGCGCUGGUGAAGAGCGACACGGGUGAGCGCUACACGUACGGGGAGCUCGAGGAUGCCUGCACCCGCGUCGCCGCCGGCCUUGGCCAGCCUCGGCUUCAGGCCAGGAGACAUGGCUGGCAUACACUGCGAGACGAGCCUGGAUGCCAUGGUUGCCUUCUACGGCACUGCUUUCGCCGGCGGCUCCACGGUGUUUGCCAAGGCGAGCCUUACAGCACGAGAGGUGAAUUACGAUUUCAAGGAAACAAAACCCUGCAUUGUAUUCUGCGAUGAAGAAAACGCAGCUAAGACAGAGGAAGCCUGCAAGACAAUACCCAGUGUUAAGACACUGGUGGUCUUCGGCCAGCGCGAGGGGAUGGUGUCCUUUUCGACGAUACGGCGAAGUCCCCAGGCGGCUUCCCUCCCCAGUGUGGACCCGGAGAGCCUGCUCGCUGUCCUCUUCUCGAGCGGCACCACGGGGCUCCCGAAGGCCGCGAUGUUGUCCCACAGAAACGCUGUCGCCCAAUUAUUCAGCGCAACUCUCGACAACUCUCAAGUGGUGGUCAAGGACGACGUGCUAUUGGGAACAGCGCCGUUUACGCACGUGUCGGGUCUGCUUUUCAAUCACUGCGUGUUCGCAAGUGGCGCUUGCCUGGUGAUCGUCAGAAGCUCCGAGCCAUGCGAUAUCCUGCCGGCUGUUGAGAAAUACAAGGGCACUGUCAUAUUCCUGUUCCCAACAAUUCUUCAGAAGCUGGUCAGAAGUCCACUGCUUGAAAGAUACAACGUGAGCAGCGUCAAGAAGAUCUACGUUGGUGGAAGUACUACGCCAUCCGUGACAGUCGAGGAGACGAUGCAAAAGUUCAACCUGGACCACUUUGGACAAGCGUACAGCAUGUCCGAGAGCUUUGGAGCUGGAACGAUAUCGCACAAGCAAAAGAAUCAUGAGACUGUUGGCACGCCGACGGUCAUGACGAAGAUGAAAGUCGUUGAUGUCAACACAGGCGAGAAACUGGGUCCCAAGCAAACAGGAGAAAUACGAAUAAAAAGUCCUGCCUGCGUCAGUGGCUACAUGAACAACCGCGAGGCCACAGCCAAUCUUUAUGACGAAGAUGGCUUUCUACGGACUGGCGACAUCGGCUACUACAACGAGUCCGGCGAGUUCUACGUGGUGGACCGCAUCAAGGAUAUGUUCAAGUGCAUGGACCGGCAGGUGGCCCCUUCCGAGAUCGAGGAAGUGCUGACGCAGCACGAGGCCGUCAAGGAGGCAGCCGUGGCGGGCGUCCCUCACUCUGAGUUCGGCGAGGCGGCCAGGGCUUUCGUGGUGCUGAACGCUGGAUACGCGCCCAGCGAGGCCACCGCAGCCGAGCUACGAGCCCUCGUCUCUGCGAAUACCGCCCCGCAAAAGCACCUCCAUGGAGGCGUGGAAUUUGUGUCGACCAUCCCGAAGUCUGACACCGGCAAGAACCUGCGCAAAGACCUGCGAAAUGCCUACCUGCAACGCCAGGCAGCUCGCGGACUUUGACAGCUUUCUGGUGCACCCACUGCGAGAGCUCAAGUCGGGUCGAAGAAGUUAAGCCAUCUUCCCCUUGAACUAUGAUGUAAUACACUCUUGCACUUGCAUUCUCUGGCUUUAUUCAAUCGUGCUAUAUGGACACCAGUACGAAAGGGAACACAAUAUCGUUGUUCUAAGGACGAUCACAGCGGAAAUGCGAAUUGGAACAUACCAGGGGGCUGACGCACGAUAAACAGAGUAAACCUGUUGACGAAAACAUCGCUUGGCACUUUAUUUAUCUCACUAAAAAAUCAAGGAUAUUUAAUGGUUUGAAACUCAGAUCAGGUCUUUACCUUUCACGUAUUGGUCCACGUGAAAUUACGCCUUUCCUAAAGCGUUAACGCUUAAGAUUCUUUCUUUGAGAAGGAAAUGUUAUGCUGCCACCUCUAAACAUACAAUUAAAAUGUUAAUUUCGUUGGCAUAUAUAGUGGAUAUUGCUAGCAGUGAAGAAAAUUACUUCAAGGCCGACUUCUUUAUAAGUGCAUGUGAGGUUUCGUUUAGUUGCGAACCAGACAUGUACACGAUUCUGAAGGAAAAUCGCUAAAAUAGGAUGCUAAAUACUACGCCAAUAGUUUACUCAGUAUAGAGUACUAAAUAUCCAAAUUCCAAAAGUAUCAUAGUAGAGUAUAAGAUACUCAGAAAAGUAUUGUGUUGCUUUCGAGAUACUUUCAAAAUACAAGACAUUGCACGAAGAAAACAUGGAAAACUGAGGCGCUUUAUUUUGUCAAAGAGUGAAAACCCGAAUUGCCCAAAACAUUUGCUUGACUUCGGAAAGAGCUGUUUUCUUUUUUAAAUGUCGUGUUAGACAGCCUGCUCUCUUUUUGAAGAUUUUGCCGCUUACGCUGAAAAGCCGCUCUCUGCUAGAGUGGUCAGCUGUAUUGAAUCGUUAAAUAAAAUAGAAUUACCGCGUAGUAAGCAAAAUGACGUCUCUUGGUGGCAUACCUACCCUAAUACAUGUAACCUGGGAGUGCGCUAAGCACCCUCAUAGACCAAAUACCAGUGACACAAUGGAG